UCCUCAAUACUUUCUGUUUGGUCUAGGACAGCAACGGUAAAAUAUACAAGGACAUAUCUCAUCAAGCAUUACUCACAAUCCAUAUCAGACAAAGCAUUCUAAAUGCAACAGAUGAAAUUAUUGUUGAGUUAACAUGUUCCCCUUGUGACUGUUCUCACCCGUAUCAUCAGCUACUCUCGGGCCAUGCAACCAUGAAGCUGAACGAACGCAGCGUGGCUCACUAUGCUACGUGUGAGUCUCCCCCGGACAAGACCGGCUUCCUGUUCAAGAAGGGGGAACGAAACACGGCCUACCACCGACGCUGGUUCAUCCUCAAGGGCAACAUGCUGUUCUACUUCGAGGAGCGGGAAAGCAAGGAGCCUAUCGGCGUCAUCGUGCUGGAGGGCUGCACCGUGGAGCUGUGUGAGUCGGCAGAGGAGUUUGCCUUUGCCAUCAAGUUUGACUGUGCCAGGGCCCGCAUCUACAAGAUGGCCUCCGAGAGCCAAGUGGGCAUGGAGUCGUGGGUGAAGGCAUUGUCGCGGGCCAGCUUCGACUACAUGCGCCUGGUGGUGCGUGAGCUGGAGCAGCAGCUGGAGGAGCUGCAGGAGGGAGCCUGGGGGGUGCAAGGGAAAGCCAAAUCCUCCAGGAAACAACAACACCAGCAUCAGUCACGACCCAAAUCGACUGUGUCCACAGGUGGCGCUCUGGCAGCGUCUUCUUCGUCUCAGCCCCAGGUCCCCCCCGCCACCUCGACAUCGAGCCAGCCAGAGGACGCGCAGCCUCAGACCGGUCUCGCCAAGGAGAACGGUGUGGCGUGGAGCAAGCCCUCCGCCCUGACCAACGGGCUCCCCGAAACUCCGGGCGUGGUCUGGGAGGCCGACGGCAGUGCCAGAGGCGACAGCUUCAGACCCCCGCCAGUGCCGCCGCGGCGGAGGGGAGGGGAGGGGUCAGCCCAGGGGUCUCUGGAGAGCCCUGUCUCCCCGGAAACCGUGUGCUUCUCUAAACUCCAUGACUGGUACGGUAAAGAAGUGGCAGAGUUGCGAAUAGAGUGGCUACAGGGCCAGUGAGGAGUGGGAGCAAGUGCCUCUCUGCGCCUCCUCGUCGCACAGGUUGUGCCAUUGCCUGCGCCUGCUCGUCGCAAAGGUUGUGCCAUUGCAGACUGUGCCAUCUUAAGAUCUAUUCUUCUUUCAAACAAAGCACUGUACUUAAGAUUCCAAACCAGCAGAGAAGGCUUUAGCCAAAUUGGUUUGUAAAUCCAGCACUUUUCUGGUUCUGCAGUGCUUCCUCUGCCCACAGGGAAUGCAGUUAGCAGGGCAUGGCAAGACUAUUCAUGUUUUGUUUUGUAAAAUGUGGGUUAUUCCUUUGUGCUUAAAAUCGAAAUGCAAAGAAAGUUAAAAUUAAAUUUGAAGUCCAACACUUACUAAUUUUUGUGGUCAGAGAAUACAGAUAGACUUGAUGGUGAUUUUUUUUUCCUCCCUCAGUCAUUUGUUAUGGACAGGUGAUGUAGCUUAUAUGUAGGCAUCAGAAUGUUUGUUACUUUGCCUUAUUUGGUUGUGAGGAUGUCAAGAUCCCAUAAUACAGACCUAUUGGGUUACAAUAGUUUACAUAACAACCACUUCCCUUUUAUGCAGAACAUUUUUUCACCCUUGCCUUUAAACUUUAUUUAUGCCAGAAAUGAGAGAUGUCAGUUAUUUAGUAUCUCGCAAAAAAAAUUAAAAUAAAAAUUACCAACAAGAAUUAUUAAAAGCUUAUGAAAAGGUAACUUGAAAUACCCUUAUUGUUGAAAUAUCAGUAUUGUUUCUUUGUUCAGUGCUGGUCUAAUGGGCACAGAUGUCCUAUUGAUAAACUUAAUAUACAUACAGAACAAGAAAUGGCCCAUCUCUCUUUUAUGCCUUUGUCAAAGUGAGACAAUGGCUUAUAAACGUAUCAAGCCAGCACCAGCCCCUCACUAUGUUUGUAUUCAAAUAGUUGUUAAAAUUUUAGUGCGGUUACAUUUAUAGCUUUAUAUAUAUUGUAUUGUAAUGCAUUAACAUGCAACUGAAAUGUUUUUUUUUUUUUGUUGGUUUGCUUGGAGACCUAAUAUUCUGUCAGUCAGUAAUGUUAUAUGCCAAGGUUGGGAUGUUUGUUGAGACAUAAGUACCGGUAUGUGUUUUUUUGUAUUAUGAAUCAUGAGGUUAAUUGGUACAGAUAAAUGAAAUGGUGUCAAAUACUGGAUUGUCAAUGCAUAUGCAAGGUUUUUAUUUUGUGUGCCAUUUGGCCACAGCUUGCUUAUUCAUAUCAGGAUGCUUCAGUCAUUAGUUAGUAGAUAUGAGCAAAUAACAUAAUAUUUGGUGGACAAACUGUCAGCCUCACAAACACACUGUAUUCCUUAAUUUCCCUCUGUCUUCUCAACUAGUUAUUUUUGUUUCAAGGAAAUGCUGAACCCAGAUUUUCAAUAAAUAUUACAAAACAUUUACAUCAGAUAGUGAUUACUACCAGGCAUUAUCAGACUUGAACAUUGAGAAAACUCACAUCCAGUACAUUACAGAUGCCGGCUGUCUUUCAGACAAAACCAGUGAACAGAAUUACAUUUUUGUCAGCUCACUGGUGAUGUUUUUCCAUCUGCGUUUUUGACCAUCAACCACCCACAUCCAAUUUAGGAAACCUGUUUGAAUUCAGUAUGUAUUCUCCUAAUCCUAGCUCUGUUUGAAGCUUGGAAGUAGCAAUCAUGGAAGUUCAUGGCCUUUUAUUCCUUAUGACCGUGGAGGUUUGGAUCUGGUCACUGACACUGUGCCAUUACUAUGCAUUUUUUGUACAUGUUUUGAACAGGUUGGAGGCUUCUACAUAAAGUCUAUAUGCAUUACACUUACAAGCAUAAUCAAGGUACCGAGAGAAAAAGGAAUACAAAAUUUAAGAGAUGAUUUUUAUUAUCACACAAUCAGAAUAUUCUUUAAAAAAAAAUGCUGGUUAUGACGUAUUUCACAUGGUAUAUGUAAAUGUAAUCACUACGGAUAUGUAUGAAUAAAAGAUGACAAAAAGAAUGUGGCUAAUCAGUUUGUGAACAUCUGAUUUGGCUUUCUGCUCCAUCUUACCAAAGAUUAUAGUAAAGGAUUCUACAGUAUAGUAAGUACAAAUAAAAUAAAAAACAAUCAUAAUUAAAAAAA